UUCGCUCUGUCGUCCGUGACGCGCAGCGAGGCUAAUAUUUGGGUAUCAGCUGUACGGCGGGAGCCAGGGGUCGGUGAAGAGAGACACAACUGUAGAAGGAGGCAAACGGUUUUCACUGUCUCGGCACUAUGCAUGAAGAGGAGCAGUUUGUGAACAUUGACCUGAACGAUGACAACAUCUGCAGUGUCUGCAAGCUGGAGACCGACACCGGGACCAUGUCUUUCUGCCAUGUCUGCUUUGAACUCACUAUUGAAGGCGUGUCCACCGCCACCCUCCUGCACUCCAAGUCGCUCCGCGGCCACCGGGACUGCUUCGAGAAGUACCACCUCAUCGCCGACCAGAAGCUGUCGCACUCCAAGGCCUCGCGCAGCGCCUACGAGGGCAUGAAGCUGGCCCUGGGCCAGAAGCUGAGCCGCAUCAUCCAGUACGCCCAGAACAAGGACGCUCAGCGGCCCGGGGCCAAGCACUGCUGCUACAGCCAGAGCGGCGACCGGGGCCAGCCCGCGCUGCGCUCGGACGCCCAGGUGCCCCGCUACGCCCCGCGCCGGGACGGGGCCGGUGGGAGGUGCGGGCUGCCGGACUACGCCGCCAGCAUGCUGGAGUUCCAAGCCGCCGAGGAGCUGGGGCUGACGGUGCCCCACGGUCCGCCGCGCCACAGGGGCCAGCGGGGCGGGGAGGGGGCGCGGCGGGGCAGGAGCCACGGGCCCAGCGGCGAGGAACUGGUUAAAAUGAACAUGGAUGAACUGCACCAACUGAACGGCGAGCUACUGCUGCAGAUUCAAAAGGUGUUUGAGGAGCUGACAGCAGCCGUGCAGGAGAAGGACUCACUGGCGUCGGAGCUGCACGUGCGUCACGUGGCCAUCGAGCAGCUCUUCAAGAACUGCGCCAAGCUGCCCUGGCUGCACAUCAGCAGGGCCGCGGUCAAGGCCAGCAGCGGCAACACACCCGUGGAGUGAGGCGCACACCUCCUUCUCUCCUUGUUCUCCCCCUCUCUCUCUCUCUCUCUCCCUUUCUUUGCUUCCAUCUCUCUGUGAGAGGGGAAGCCUGGCAAGCUGGGGGGCCCUACCCCUCCAUCUCACCACUUAACGGGCUGAAGCACGCCUCCUGUUGAACGCUGAAUGACUUUGGUAGGCGGCGACGCUGUGCCGCGUUGGGGUUGCCCCAAGCAACGGCAGCUGGCUGCAUCGUGGCAGCCACGGUGGGACCAGGUUGGAAAAGAAAGGCAAGGCCAUUGUUUUGGACCACCCCGAGGUUGUAGGGUUUGUGUAAGGCCCUGUUGUCCUUCAUAAGUGGUACAACGAGAGCUGGACAUGUUGCUGUAAAUAGUACCCUCGGUGGGUCGUCUGGCUACUAGAUGAAGUGAUUUCCUCAAAGGCAAUGCUUCCCUCUAUGCAGUCGACGGUAUUAAUGGGGGACAUCUGUUCAUCCCGUCUCCAUUUUACAAUUGAAUUGUUUUCUUUUGGGAAUUGUUUUUCUUAAGAACUAAUUUGAUCUCGAAGAACUUUGGUCAGGAGAUUAAAUCUAUCUAUUUACAUAUUUGCUUUAAAUUCCCCAUUUUGUUGCUUUAGCAAUUGGAUAGAGAAUGAAGAAGUGCCUAAGAGUAUUUUAAACCUUUGGAUUGACAUGGUGAUGCAUUUUAAUACGGUUCUAAACUGCUGAGCAGUCACCGUUUGCUCGGUUUUUGUUAUUUAAUGGCUAGAACUAUUAAAUUAGGGAUCGAGUUGCCUUCAAGAUAGAAUCAGAGGUUGAAAGGCUGGUGGUGAUUGUAAGCCAAAAAAAGCACAUGAUAGAUUUGGAACAUUUUCAGUUUUAAAAAAAGGUUUACACUUGAUCUCCCUGAGUUCACAACUGACCUUGGCAAGCAGUAUUUGCAGGAUUACUCAUGCAGAAUUGGUAAAGCAUCUGCAGCUUAAGAUAGUGAUGGCUUUUUUUCAUUUCAAUUGUGCGGCAUAUACUUUUGAGAUGCUGUGGAUAUCUGUAACGCUUUAGUGACAGAGGAAGGAUUCUAUCAAUACUAGUGCUUUCCCUUCACCAAACCAAAGCUGUUGUUGAUACAUUUGUGUCUGGAAAUAUAAGCACCCGCCUUGCUUAAGCUUGAUGAAUCCAGUGUAAAUGCACAUGCAAUACCAACCAGAUUAUUUAAUUUCAUUUGUUUUUGUCACGUGAAACUAAUUCAUGCAAUAUUAUCAGAAGUCAUUUUUAUACAGGCGGUUGGUCAAAUGUCUAUCAUUUGGUAAUGUGUUAUAAUUGAGGGCUAAAUUGAAUCUUAAGCAAUACUAUUAAGUUGGGUAAUGGUUUCCUUGAUUCGUUUGCCCUAUUACAAUUAAAAAAGACGGUAAAACUAUCAGGAUGCAAUUAACCUACGGUGUGCCAAGCAUGCGAUCAGUUGGGGAAAUAUUCCCAGUUUGAUUGCAUAACAUCCAUCUUUAUCCGUCUCGUUUGAAGAUAUUCUGGGGAGGAAACCAAAAGGAUUUGUGCUUGGAACGUGUGGUGCCCCUAUGCAAGAAAGGAAAGAGGAAGCCUUAUAUAGCUAAAUGAUAUAAGAAGAACAUAUGGAAUUAAAGGCCAAUAUAUAUUUUUUAGCUUUCCCCUAAGGAGAACAAUGAACUACUUCAGAAAGCAAAAGGUUAGGGAAACCCUUGGGUUGAAUACCAAUCGAUGCUUUGCAUAGUAUUUGUCACUGUAUAAAGUUCUCUUUAUAAGAGAUAUAAUAAGUUGGACCCUUUGUGGGUCUUAAGAGGUUCCGUCUGGUUGUUUUGGUCAAUUUUAAACUGUUUGGAGGGAUUUAUUCAGUGUGUUUGUGUUAUCUAUAUUUUAGUUUUUAUCCUUUAAGAAUUGUUUGAUUUUUUUGGGGACUUGCAUUUUCGUUUUGAAUCUGAGUGCUGUUAUGGUUUGUUUACAGAGGAAAUAUGGACAUUUCAGAUCGUGACCAUCAGUUGCCUGGGGUGCAUCCCUUUUAUUAGCUGCAGUUCUUGUUUGCAUAUACUGGUUUCACUUGUACUCCUUCUGAACUGAUUAUACAGCCUGUUUUACUUGUGAUGCGUAUGGUUUUACUUGUGCAUUGAAUUACAAAUUGUAUUUAUUGUGUGUUUCAUGGAGCUUGCAGCCUGCGUGACUUGUGCAUACGACUAUUUUUCUAAACCAUUUAAAUAAAUAUUUUUUUUAACAUGGA